GGUCUAAGUACAAUAUCAAGUGCAGAAGAGAGAAGGAAGCCCCAACCUCAGAAGAAGGGAGUCCUCACCAUGGGAAGAGCUCCUUGCUGUGACAAAGAAAACGUGAAAAAAGGCCCAUGGUCCCCUGAGGAGGAUGCCAAGCUCAAGUCCUACAUGGAGCAGCAUGGCACUGGUGGAAACUGGAUCGCCCUCCCACAGAAGAUUGGCCUCAAGCGAUGCGGUAAGAGCUGCCGCCUCCGGUGGCUCAACUAUCUCCGACCAAAUAUUAAGCAUGGUGGCUUCUCUGAAGAAGAAGAUAACAUCAUAUGCAGCCUAUAUCUUGCUAUUGGGAGCAGAUGGUCCAUAAUUGCAGCACAGUUGCCUGGAAGGACUGAUAAUGAUAUAAAGAACUACUGGAACACAAAGCUGAAGAAGAAGCUCCUGGGAAAGCAGCACAAGAAUCAACAACAGGCUCGUCGAGUCUGCCGAAGAAAUCAAAGGACCAAGGAAUCUAAAGAUGGCAACGCCAUGAGUGCUAAGAAAGGUAACGAUAACUCCUACUGGCCCAUGCCGCCCAUUCUCACUGGCCAAUUCAACCAGGUGGAUCGCCAUGCUAGCGAUGACCAUGGAUCGACCAAAAACUUUCUAACGAACCUCGAUGGGGAGUUUUGCUUCCAUGGGAGAGCUGAGCAAGGAAUUUCACUUGCUUCCCCUCUGGAACAACAGCACCUGAAUAGAAAUUCUGUGGGUUCAAUUGCACUCCCCGAACAAGCCAAAUAUUUCAUCGAUGGUUAUUCUCCAUCGGGCUACCGCUUAUCGCAAGGUCUAGAUGAGCUUGAUGAGAUGUUCUGCGGCAACUCAGUAAAACUACAAGGGCUGGAUUGCUUCUUUGGAGCCUGGAACAUGGUGGCUGAGAACAACGGGACCAGUACAUCACGAAGCAUGAACUGGAAUAACGUAAGCCCGUUGAUCUAUCCGCCUGCGGUCACUAGCUAUCAAGGGAUGCAGCAGCAAUGUCUUCCUGAUGAACUCGUGCACCUCCUUGGGGCACAAAUAUGACUGCUGCUGUACAUGAGCUGCGUAAACUUGAGUGGAGGUGGUGAUGUUGGAAUUCAGCUAUACCCCAAUAAAAACACUCUUCAGAAGAGUUGUUUGUUUGAUGUGCUUUUGGUUUCAACCCCCAUACUAGUGUUUCCUCAUCUUUGGUUUCUUUAAUUGAGUACUUAAUUAGGUUAGUUCUUUUGGUAAAAAGAGCACCUAUAUUAGUUGUGUAGUGGUUGGUUUGUUUCCUGUUGGGAUCUUCCUCCAAUCCCUGAACUGUAUUUGUUGUCCUUUUGAUUCAGAACUUAUCAAGCUCAAAGCUCUUAUUUGUGUCA